AUGGUAGUAGCGGUAGUAGUAGUGGCAGUAGUAUCAGUAGUAAUAGCACCAUUAGCAGUAGUAGUUGCAGUAGCAGUAAUAGUAGAAGUAUUAGUAGCACCACUAGCAGUAGUAGUAGCGGUAGCAGUAGUAGUAGAGGAGGAGGAAUGCAGUAGUAGUAGCGGUAGUAAUAGAAGGAGGAGGAAUGGUAGUAGCGGUAGUAGUAGUAGCAGUAGUAGCAGUAUUAGUAGCACCACUAGCAGUAGUAGUAGCAAAAGCAGUAGUAGUAGCGGUUGUAAUAGGAGGAAGAGUAGCGGUAGUAGUAGUGGCAGUAGUGGCAGCAGUAGCAGUAGUAGCAGUAGUAGUAGUAGCAGUAGUAGUAGCAGUAGUAGUAGCGGUAGUAAUAGGAGGAGGAGGAAUGGUAGUAGCGGUAAUAGUAGUGGCAGUAGUAUCAGUAGUAAUAGCACCACUAGCAGUAGUAGUAGAAGUAUUAGUAGUAGCAGUAGUAAUAGAAGGAGGAUGAAUGGUAGUAGCGGUAGUAGUAGUGGCAGUAGUAGCAGUAGCAGUAGUAGCAGUAUUAGUAGCACCACUAGCAGUAACAGUAGUAGCAGUAUUAGUAGCACCACUAGCAGUAGUAGUAGCGGUUGUAAGGGUAUAGCGUAGUAGUAGUAGUAUAGCCUUAUUAGUAGCACCACUAGCAGUAGUAGUAGCAAAAGCAGUAGUAGUAGCGGUAGUAGUAGUGGCAGUAGUAGCAGUAGCGGCAGUAGUAGUAGCAGUAUUAGUAGCACCACUAGCAGUAGUAGUAGCGCAGUACUAGUAGCAGUAGCAGUAGUAGUAGAAGUAUUAGUAGCACCACUAGCAGUAGUAGUAGCGAUAGUAAUAGGGAGGAGGAGGAAUGGUAGUAGCGGUAAUAGUAGUGGCAGUAGUAUCAGUAGUAAUAGCACGACUAGCAGUACUAGUAGCAGUAGCAGUAGUAGUAGAAGUAUUAGUAGCACCACUAGCGGUAGUAAUAGCAGGAGGAGGAGGAAUGGUAGUAGCGGUAAUAGUAGUGGCAGUAGUAUCAGUAGUAAUAGCACCACUAGCAGUAGUAGUAGCAGUAGUAGUAGCGGUAGUAGUAGGGAGGAGGAAUGA